AUGACAAUGACGAGCACAGCACAAUGUGCUUUGCGGCGGAUGAUCGAGCAGAGGAAGAAGAGGAAGAACGGGACAUCCGAUGAAACUGCUGCUGAGCCUGCGCAGCUGAGUCGCGCUGCAUCAGCGCUUCGCACCACUCUCCCAAGCAAUUCAGUUCAUCGAGCGCAUCACGCAUCUUCGCAAGCUGUCAACCUGGGUCGCGUUGAGUACAUCGUGAAGGUCAAGUUUUCACCGAUGGCCUUCUUCCUCGUUGCAGCCGGUGCGAAUCAUUUGCGUCUUGGCUCACAGUGUAAUACGUGA